AUGGUUGCUAUAGUCAAGUUUCUUCAGCAUGGGCUUCUUUUAAGUGGUCCCGUAUAUGAAGAUGUUGCUACUCCUCAACAAGCUUCGAUGGAACAGUAUAAUAUAGUCAGAUACUUGGGAGGGUCUGCUCCUUAUAUCCAGAGACCAGGGUAUGGAAUCUCUCUGGAUAUUCCUCCACAUUGCAAUUUACAACAAGUGCAUCUAUUGUCAAGACAUGGAGAGCGUUACCCGUCAAAAGGAGAUGGCAUCUACUUCGAAUCGGUGCUUGAGAAGUUUAAGAGUCACAUGGAGCCAUUCAAAGGCUCAUUGUCAUUUCUCAACGAAUAUAAAUAUUUCGUUGCAGACAAGCAAAAUUAUGAAAAGGAAACAGCGCCAUGGAACUCAAAGGGUCCAUACGCUGGUACUUCCGAUGAAUUGAGGCAUGGUGCUGCUUUCAGGAAGAAGUAUGGAAGAUUGUAUAAGAAGGGUGCUGUUGUACCUGUUUUCACUUCAAAUUCGCAAAGAUGCCACCAGAGCGCUAAUUUCUUUGUGCGAGGGUUUCUUGGUGAUUCUUAUAAGGAUGAGCUCGUAGAUUUCGUUAUAGUGAGCGAAGAUGGUAGUAUGGGAUUGAACUCCUUGACACCAAGAUAUGCCUGUAGCAAGUUCGAUAACGAAGUUAACAAGGACAAGAUUGGCCAAUACGAUCUCUCUUACUUGUCUGACAUUUUAGAAAGAUUCAAGAGAGAAAAUCCUUCGUUGACCAUUACUGUCGAUGACGUGUCGUCCCUAUUUCUCUGGUGUGCUUUUGAGAUCAAUGUAAAAGGCUCCUCCCCUUUUUGUGGCUUGUUCACCAACGAAGAGUUUAUCAAAAGCUCGUAUCGAACAGACUUGGGAAACUACUAUACAACAGGUCCAGGAAAUCCCUUGACGCGUACGGCAGGGUCAGCUAUGGUUAGAGCAUUCCUCAAAUUGCUUAGUGAUGAUGCGGCCGAUAAUAAGAUCUGGUUAUCUUUUACUCAUGAUACGGACAUCGAAAUGUUCUUAAGUUCACUUGGAAUUAGUGAUGUAACAGAACAAUUGCCUACAACACAUGUUCCAUUCCCCAACGAAUACAGUUCGGCUGAAUUGCUACCACAGGGUGCUAGAAUAUAUACAGAAAAGUACCAAUGUGGCGACAAAUCAUAUAUCCGUUAUAUCGUGAAUGAUGCUGUGAUACCAAUAAAAGAUUGUUCUCAUGGUCCUGGGUUUGGCUGUGAGUUCAAGGAAUACGAAGAAUACAUUCACAAUCGUUUGAAAUAUCAAGACUUUGCGUCUCAGUGUGGCCCCGAACGCGGAUCUCCGCUCGAUCUUACAUUUUAUUGGGAUUACAAAACCAUCAAGUACGACGCUCCUCUAAUUGACCAAUAG